UCAUCACGGAGAACAGACGCAUUUUUCAACUUCUCUCAUCAUUUUGUGAAAUAUUUUUUUUUACCACACACCAUUAUUGAAAAGAUAAAAAGAACUGCGUAAUUCGCAAUUUUACACGACAAAAGAGACAUUUGAAUAAUAAAAAUAAACAAUUAUCGUCCCUCAAUUGAUUUACUUUGAGAAUAAACUAUUAAACUUGUACUGCGCAGCGAAAAUUGCUUGCAAAUGGUAAAUUUCAGAUAAUUACACAUUUUAUUUUCUCUGGCAAAAUGCAAGAUGGCUGCCAAAAUUUCCACGUUUUAAAUUUUUUCUCAUGGUUAAAUUGGUUAAAAUAACGCAAGCACCGAUGAUCUACGGUCAAUAUUUUUGAUAAAUUACAUGAAAACAACGCAAAACAAGCGACAAAAGUGCGAUUAGUUGUGAUUAGAGUCUUAAUUUGAUAUUUUUUUGUUGCUCCAAACUGUGCAUGACGUAAUUUCGUUCAUUGAGUGCGCAAUCAAACAGUGAAUCAUAUUAUAUUUCUUGCAAAUCAAUCAAAACUGAAACAGUGACAUUUUUUUAAAAAAUAUAUUUUCCCAUUUGCAGGAAAAUAAAAAGACGAGACUCACGUGACGUCAUAAUCGAUAAUCAAUUUUUUUCAUCGUCAUACUUGUGGCGCACCAUUGCGGUCGAUUUCAGAAGUACCGUAACACAAAUUUGUACGCCUCACACACUUCACAAUCAUGCCUCGAAUAGAUCCAUUAAAACUCCUGGAAUGCCUGAAAGUCUUGUUGUCGCCGACUGGAGGGAUCAAAUCCAGUACCGAAGUCAAAAGAUUAGCAAACUUGAUGACGAAAUUUUCCAAGAAACUCGUCUCGAAAUGCAUUUACAUUGAAAUCUUAAAAUGUUCCGACACAGAUCUACUUUGUCAAUUUAUGCAAGCCGGCGGAUGGACGCUCGUUCAUCUCUGGCUUACGGAUGCCAUGGGCACUGCCAACUGGCCUUUAGUGCACGAAAUCCUGGAAUUACUGCUACUUUGCCCGGUUGACGUUGAACGACUAAAGAGCAAUACGGCGCCAAAGCUUGUCAAGCAGUUGACAAAAGACGAACAUCCCGCAGAGGUAAAAGUUUUGGCAGAACGUCUCGUUCAACAAUGGCUCCGAAUCGUUCGUGGCGAAAAUGCACCAAGCGGCAAUACAUCGGCGUCUGACGUUGCAUCCGAAAUUGAAGAUGGAUCGCAAGACGCCACAGAAAUAAACCAAAAUGGCAAGGAAGAAACCACUGUGGCGCCAGUUCAGGAGAAAAUUGUCCUGAAAUUGUCCGUGAAAGACGGCAAAAAUGUGAUUAUUAAGAAAAAUGACGAACCAAAGGACGAAACGGACUCCAGUGCAGGCGCAGAAGUGACAGCUGUCGAAAGUACAGAAAGCUCUGAAACAAAUGUCACGGAAUCGGAGGAAAAAGUGAGUGACGAAACCAAGACUGACGAAACGCUAGAAAAGAAGGACGAGAAGAAAGACAAGAAAAAGUCGUCAAGUAAAUCGUCGAGCAGUAAAUCUCACCAUUCAUCGUCCUCGUCGCACAAAAGUUCCUCUUCAUCGUCGUCAUCGAAACACAAAUCCAGCAGCAGUAGUAGCAGUAGUCGCGACAAAGACCGCCACAAAUCGAGCAGUAGUCAUCACAAAUCUUCGUCCAAAUCCUCUUCAUCCAAGAGCUCCUCUAGUCGUUCCGAGAAAAAGAAGGACAAGGAACCCGAAAUGUCCGAAGCUGACAAAGUUGCGAAAACUCUCGCGGAAUUAGAGCCCGAAAAACUAACAAAACUCGGAAAAAUUCCCAAAAAGUCGUCUUCUUCUUCUUCUACUGACAAACCAAAACCCGUUUCUGCCGCUGCAGCACCCGCCGCACCCAAAGUCAAGCCCACAUUCUCCAUCGAAGAACGUGACCCCGAAAAACGCUCCAAAACCGUCAAAACGCUCAACUCCAAAUUCCGUUCGCACGGUCUCGAGGAAGAAGCGCCCCCGCCGCCAUCACGCAAAGUGCUGAAGAAACCAUCGACACCAACGACGCCAACGUUGCUGCCGCCGCCGGUGUUGACAUCGGGCAUCAAACGCGUAUCACCACCCAAAACAACGAUCAGCAAGACUGCCACAACGGACCCAGCAUUGUCGCCGCCCGCCGAGAAGAAACCCAAAAUCGAGGAAACGCGCAUCAAUGGCCUGAAAAAAGCAAAAUCACACACUCUCGUCGAAACUGAUUUAUUCAGCGAUGCCUUAAACAUGGAGUCCACAAGUCGCAAGCGAGCGAUCGAUGCGAAGAAGCGGAAACGUCGUCUCAGCGGAUCGGAAGCAACAAAAACACCUGCAAGUCCCACAACGCCCGGAAUCCCAAUGAAAUUCUACCAAGACACGCUCACGGAAGAAGGUGACGACAAAUCCAAAGCCAAGGACAAGGACAACUCGCCGGAGAAGGAGAACGAAAAAGAUGGCGAAAACAAGACGAAAAAGUUGCGAAGCAGCACGUCGUUGGAAGACGCCGAAAAUGACGCGGAAACGAAGAAGGAAGAAACGGAAGUUGUGGAAAAGAGACCUCCGGGCAUCGGAACUGGUCCCGAUGGUCCCCCGGGCAUCCUCAAAGUCUUCAAUCCGAACAGGAAAAAGCGCUCCAUUCAGUGGCGCGCACAAGAAGAUCUCGUGGAAGUGCGUUACUUCGAGCUGGAUGUCGAGGAACGGUGCAACGUCAAUCGCCAAUUUGCGGAAUGUCGGCAGGCGGACAUGAUGUGUGAGCGCGAAAAGAUUUUGAUGGCUCGCAAUCUGCCAAAGGAGGACUUUAUGGAGGCGAAAACGACAUGGGGACAGUUAAUUGAGGUGGAUGACGUGCCAAAACACCCGAAUGGCGAAAAAAGUACCGAACGACGCACCCAAGCGGAGCGCGAACGGAGCGUUUUGCCGGCAUUGUGGAAUCGCGCGUUACAACCAAACAGCCCAACGGAGCCAGAUAACGAAAUGCACACGUAUACGGAGCCAAAAGUCAUCCCGAUUGACGAUCUCACUGGAAAUCUCGAAGGAGUUACGGACUUUUCGCACAUGCCAUGGCCCGAAGCAAAAGGCGAGACACCUACUUCUAACAAUAAUAACACUGCUAAUCUCAAUUCGUUUGCGAGUUUUAACAAUCAAUUUGGCGGCGCAGCACCAUUUGCGGCACCAAACAUUCAACAACCGCCACCCGUUACGGGACCAUGGGCAACUGCGCCGCCAGCGUUGUUGGGAGCUCUCGGUCAACCGCCACCCUUCGUAGAUCCGCAUGCCAUUAAUCCCCUGGCUGCCUUCAAUCUGCCCGGAAGUCAAUUUUUGCCGCCAGGCAUUAUUCCGCCGGGAAUCGCGAAUAACUUUGUAGGCCCUCCUCCCGUAAACUUUCCCCCGACCGCGAAUCGCCCGCCCCCCAUUGCCCCCGAUCGCAACAAUUGGGUGCGCGGAAACGCGGAUCGCAAUAAUCGGGGACGCGACAAUUGGAAUGACCGCGAUCGUCGCGGCGGCAAUUGGGAUCGUGAUCGGGGACGUGGCGAUGCUAGGCGCGAUGAUCGGGAUCGCGCAACUAGACCCGGUGUCUGUAGGCAAUUCGUCAAAUACGGGAACUGUCGGCAAGGAGAUAGAUGCAUUUAUUCGCAUCCUACCAGAUAGGAAGACGACUAGUCGAUUCGUUAAAUAUUUAGAUUUUUUAUUAAGUCGUUUUUAUUACCUGUUGUGUACAAAAUGUCUGUUAUUUUAGUUUUAGACACGCAAAAAUGAAAUAAAUUUGAUUGUACAUUU